AUGAUUUACUAUUUCAAUUUAGAAGAUGAAACUUGGGAUCAUAUUCGAAACUAUAAGGAGAAUAGUGAGGAUGACGAUUAUGAAGAUGAUGCAGCUGAGAUCGCUGAGGAAGAAGAAGAAGAAGAAGAAGAUGAUGAUGAUGAUGAUUUAGAUGAAGAUGAAGAUGAGGCCGAAGAGGAAGUCGCAAUCGGUACGCGUCGUCGGGGGUUACAUCGAACUGACAAGAAGCGAUUCAUAAAACGUAUCAGGGGUCCUCCAGGUGUCGUUAUCCCUUCAGGAAGAUCUCGACAUGCGGCAUGUUUGACGGAAGACGGUACGAGAAUGAUUAUUUCGGGAGGUAUAACUGCUGAUGGCGUCAGUAAUGAAAUGUAUCUAUAUGAAUUUGCGACCCGGAAAUGGAGUGGACCACGUUCGUUUGUGUCCAGUUAUGACCACACGAUCACAGUAUAUGAUAACAAAGUAUGGGCAUUUGGUGGCCUAGGGAAAAAUCAGGAUCGUGUGGCCGAGGUAGCAUGGUACGAUAUAGGAACUGACUCAGUUGGGUCAGCUUUGAUAGUCUCGUCCUUGCCUAAGCCGUCGAGCUUUGGAACACAUUAUUAUGGAUCUGGAGGUAUAGGUAAAAUGAUUGAUGCUGUGGUGCCGGGGUCAACGGCAGCGUUUGGUCGAAUUCAAAGUAGCAUCUCAGCAUUAGACCUCAAAUCGCUGAAUUGGUCACCUGUUAUGGAAGACUGUGAUGAUUAUUUUUCUGGAUAUGUUUGGUACCAUAUGACGUCGGCAAAUAAUCAUUUGGUAUUUUUUGGCCAGCCAGAGUCCAGCAUGGUGGAAGAACGUUUAAGCCAUGUUCUUAGGCUAGAUUUAUCAUAUCUUGGCUAUACUGCGGAUAAAAAAGAUCUUUCCGAUGCUCCGGCGGUGGGAACACUUGGCUAUGACUUGUAUGGGCAUUUUUUGAGAGCUGAAAUGUGUGAUUUCGAAAUUAAGGCCAUUAAAGGUACUCGGAGACCACCUUUGUCCUGUAGCUUGGACGAAUUAGUUGAAUCGGGCGAAUACGCCAUAUCGGAACCAAUUCCUGUUCAUAUGAUGAUUUUGUGGGCAAGAUGGCCACAUUUUAGAAGAAUCAUGUCCAGCGAAAUGCAAGAGUUUCAUAGUCGGAGCCUGUGUAUAUCAGAGCCUAUCGGUUGGGUACGCAGAUUGAUUGAGUUUAUGUAUAGAGAUUCGAUUGAGGGCAAUUCGAUUGAUGAGGUUACAGGGCUCCUGAUUCUAGCUAACGUGUAUGAUUUGCCUAGAUUGAGGCAGCUGUGCAUUGAGGCUAUCACACAACAGGGGCUAAUCACUAAUAGUACAGCGCUAUUGGUUUGGCAGAGGGCAGUUCAAGCGGAGGAGUCAAUUAUUUGUCGAAAAGCUGCGCUUCACUGCUUUAGGAAUUGGGGUCAAAUCGUUCGUACUCCCUCUUUUGCAGAGCUAUCUAAAGAACAACUGAUAGCGUUAUGUAACGAGACGGAUGAGCAAAGUAGGAUUGUGUUGUAUCGCGACCACCAACCGUCGAUAAAUAUCAGCCGUAAAGAGAAGGCUGAAAAUGAUCUUGUAUUGGAAGAAGAUGAUGAAAAUGACGAGGAUGAGGAUGAAGACGAAGGUGUUUAA